GCACUGCUAGAGGUUGCGCGGAAUGGUUCCGGCUUACGUUUCGUGUCCUGGUACAUUUAUUAAAAGAGCUCUCUUUCGCUGUCAAAAGGUACCAGGUGAGGAUAAAUUACAUUGUCUUCCUAGCUGUAGUCAUUCUGGUUUGAAAUAGGGAGGAAGGAAUGAGGAGGUAAAACGAGGCGAGGAGGUGAGGGGCGUACUCUCUAAUGGGUCCCCCGCUUGACUUCCGGUAGCCGAAGUCUCUUAACUCCGAAACGUGGGUAUAUACAAGGGGAUUUUGUUGUUGUUGUUUCAGCAACAGCUGUGCUAGCUGAAGUGGAAUAGAGACACGUUUUCCAACUUCUCUUGGUAAGACUGAGAAAUUCAGCAGUAGUACUUCCUGAAACCAUCAAGAAGAAAAAUGUCAGUGACACUGCAUACAGAUGUAGGUGAUAUUAAAAUAGAAGUUUUCUGUGAGAGGACACCCAAAACUUGUGAGAAUUUUUUGGCUCUUUGUGCCAGUAAUUACUACAAUGGCUGUAUAUUUCAUAGAAAUAUCAAGGGUUUCAUGGUUCAAACAGGAGAUCCGACAGGUACCGGAAGAGGAGGUAACAGUAUCUGGGGCAAGAAAUUUGAGGAUGAAUAUAGUGAAUAUCUUAAGCACAAUGUUAGAGGUGUUGUAUCUAUGGCUAAUAAUGGCCCAAACACCAAUGGAUCUCAGUUCUUCAUCACUUAUGGCAAGCAGCCACAUUUGGACAUGAAAUAUACAGUAUUUGGAAAGGUGAUAGAUGGUCUGGAGACUCUGGAUGAACUGGAGAAGUUACCAGUAAAUGAGAAGACCUAUCGACCUCUUAACGAUGUACACAUUAAGGACAUAACAAUACAUGCCAAUCCAUUUGCACAAUAGCUAUAAUAGAUCUGGAAAAAUACUUGGCCGACUAUUCAAGGAACACACGUAUUGUGUUUACCCAGUUUUAAUUAUGUAGAAAGAUUACAUCAUCUGCCUGCCUGUUUAUAGCUAAGAUCUUCUAGGAGUUGGUGGUACCAUGAGGGCCCAAACAGCUUUCAUUUCCAUUAUUACAGCAUAUUUUUUACUAUAACUAUUAUCUAAUGUAUUUAAGUUCAAUUUUUUAAAAAACUCUUCUACUUGUAAUUUUUUGUUACACAUAAACAUUCAUAUAUAAACAGCAUUUUUGAGCACUCUGAUUACAUAUUCCUGCCAUAUCUUGUCCACAUCCUGGAAGUAGUCUUUUCCAUUAAUUAUUCACUUUGUGCAGUUAGAGUAAGGGCAAGAUAGAGAUGACCUAGAAAAGCCAGCCAGUCCAUUUUGCUAUUUUCUCUA